ACACAUUCGCAUUUCGUUCCAUUCGAAGCCCUCGGCCAGCGGCUAUCGGGAGAAAAUUUUACAUCCAUCCUAUCAGACGUGAAAACAUUGCGAACGAGAGUGGCAGCACUUUCCACGAGCGUGAAAUGUGAGCUGCACUAGCUCGAGAAAAAAAAAAGUCAAGGGAAAAGGGGAAACUCCUGAUCUGAAAAUUUCCCUAUCGCGAAUCGAUAAGUGAACAAGUGCGUGAUAAAUGCAAGACGCCUUCCGAGUCGAAGAUGCAUCAUGUUCAAAUGUAAUGCGAGCACGCGGGUGAAAAAGUGCAGCAUCAUAGAGCCGUGCGUAGCUAGUGAAAAAAUCUCCUCUCCCCUGUCGAAUGAUCUUUUUUUGUUCUUCUGCUCCGAAGAGGAAAAAAGAGCCCAUCGUCGUCGUCGCCGUCGUCGACUCGCAGAAGCAGAAACAGAGGCCACAGCAGCAGCAGUAGUAGUAGUAGUAGUGGAAGCAGAAGCAGAAAGCGAAGACAGCAGCAGAAGCAGAAGAACCUCUGCUUUGCUGAAGAAAAUGUAGCCCGUUUUUGGGUGAAAAAGGGCCGAAAAGUGUGAAAAAGUGUAAAAAUUUGUGAGAGCAAAUUGGUGAAUUGAAAAAUAUGUGUAAUUUCGGUGCAGUGACGGUGCACAAAGUAGUGAACGAUUUACUGAAUCCUCGCAGGCAGGAAUUCGAGGUGGAAAAAUCAAUACUAAUAUAAAAAUUAACAAUGGCGGCUGUUUAGUUCGGGGAGGAGCUUUAAAUCGAAUCCUCACACAUAGAAAUACCUACACAAAACAUGGUGAUAUGAGUAACUUAAACAAAUAAUUUAAUUGAUAUUAAUAGCUAAAAAAAUCACAAGACACAAGCAAGGCAGCCGGAAAGUGGCUACCGCUAAUCUAAAAACAAAGCAAACUAACGAAAACAAAACAAAAGUAAACAAAAAAUCGAAGUCUACGACACAAGCAAAACCAACCACGCGAGAGCAGCUUUUAGGUUUUCCCAUUUCUAAAAUGCACAGCAUGUUCAGGCAACCUAGCGAAAUUCAGCGUCAAGUCGAGUCAAGGAUCAAACUAUUAAAUAUUUCGCGCAAGCCAUUCAUUUUCUCUCGUGAUUAUUUCAACAUUCCUGCGUCAUCAUCAUUAUUUCUAUCAUCCAAGUCGUCGUCGUCGUCGUCGUCGUCAUCGCAACAACAACACACAAAAGGAUAUCAUUUAGUUAGUACACCACAAUACCACAGUAGGAGCAAAACGUUACUGUAUAGGUUGAUUGUUCAAACUUUUUUGGCCUUGUUCUUGAUAACAAAAUGCUGUGACGCGGCUAAGCAAGAUGCUUUACAGAGCGGCACGGGGUGCACUUUUCCAAAACGAUGGGAGGGACGAUGGUUUCAAUCUGGGGUACAACAGGAAAUUACUAUAGAAGGAUCAACUUUAAGUACUAGAGGAAGAUGUAUCGCUAGUGAUGGAGAUAAAUUUUUAUUAGUGAACGAAAAGGGAUGUCAUCGAUGCGUUGUAAUAUACCAGAAGCAUUUAAACACACUUCAGUAUAAAGAAAGUGAGUGUGAAGAUAUGUAUAUAGGCCAGUUGAAUCCAGCGCCAAUGCCUAUUCAUAGCGUUUUAAAAAGUGAUCAUAGUCGGGGGGCUCAUCCCAACAUGAACGGGCAUUCACGAUUAUCGUCAUCGGAUCAGUAUGCACGAUCCAAUGAAGAUAGCGACAAUUGUAUGGGAUGCAAGGGACGCGAAACGUUGCACUACCUUUGCGAACAGAUCCCUGGCGAUGCACUACUCUACAGUAUGUUCAAGAUCAACCCCGAGCCCAUCAAGUGUCCACUGGCGGGAUCCUUCACCUUCACCUACAACCGAGGUCAUGGGGAGUGCCGGAGCCCGAUAUCGAAGAUGGACAUGUGCACGGAAGACAGCAGGCUACUGUUGAACUUCCAGGCGUGUCCUGACGUAUCGGGUACGGAGAGCACAGUGGAAGAACUGACCUGCCUGGCGGGAUGGAAGGACGGUAAUUCCCGAUAUCUCGUCGGACUGGUGUCUCACCACCAUGCCAUCUCGAAUGAGGAUCGCUAUCGGUGCUUCGUGUACGCGAAGAUCAGUGGAUCAGGUGCACCGAAUGCCGAUGCCGAGUACAAGUUGGCCCAGUCCGGAGACGCCACCUGCAACGGGUUGGACAGCGCCGAAGUCGGAUCGCGUAUCAUGAGCCUGAAGCGGGCCCCGAUGACCGAGCGGUGCGAUUUCCCGGCGUGGUUCAAAGGCCCCCGCCAUUGGCAUGCUCUGAUGGGAAGUGCUAACUUUAUCUUCCAUCCGAGCGAUGGAUCGCUGCACAUUGUAAAGCCAAGCGGCUACAUGGAGGCGAGGGCACUUUGCGAGCAGAUCAACAAACAGACGGCCACCGAGAUGAUGGCCGUCGUUCAUCACACAACUGGAUGUACUUCUGGGUACAUGUGUGUAAUGUUCUAUCGACGAGAUACUCACGUAGCUGAGCUACAGAUGGGAACACCCGCAGCUAGGUUAGAAGAUGCGUGUACUACCGAGAAUUUCGACGUUCAUCGGACGCCGUUUGUUACUUUAUUAGCUAAUAACCCCGAGACACAGAUCUGUCCAAUGGAAGGAUACUACUCAAUUAAAGGUUUCCUCAUUCCUUCGUCGACGAUUUCGAGGCACAAGCGGAAUCACAACAACAAGAGCCGGAUGCACCGGCACCGGGAGGUGGUUAGCUUCCGCAACCAGGAAAGUGCGGACGGCUACUACAGCAACCUGGAGAAACGGAAAGCUUUCUCGCGUAUGAGGCGGACAGCUGCGGCGCAGCCUAGUGAUAAUGUCACACAAGACUUUUACAGUUUAGAAUCUACCCGGGCUCGUAGAGAAACGAUGGGAUGUAAUAUUAAUCACAAUACCAACAGACGUUUAUUCAUAGGAUGUAACGAGAAUACUGUAAUAGAAGUUAAGCCAAAAUGUAAAAACGACGAAGAGGAAACGUACACCUGUCAUGGCCACUGGCAGGAGAACCAGACGACGUUCAUCAUCGCGAAGCACCUGAGCUCGCAGCAUGGCGUCUGCAUCAGCUAUGUGCCAAUCGAGGGAAACCAGGUGCAGGUGUACGUGGGCGAUACGUGUCACCGGCCCGGGAUGCAGCAGCAACAUGCCCAGACUGGCCAGUGGGGUAGUAAUGGGGGGUACGGUGCGGCUGCCGGGUCGGUUCCGAUGGGCGGCGGUGUUGGAAGCGGUGGUGGAGGUGGAAGUGGUUACGGAGGAGGUGGCACCACCACCAUUCAUAAGACUAUGGCAAACGUUACCGUGCUAGGCAAAUGCGGCGACACAAGCACAUCGAUCACGCUUCACUACCAUUACGGCAAAGGCUGGAUGAUUCUCGGUGUAUUAUCGAUACUGCUGUUUAACUUUACUCUAAGAUGAUCACAUUGUAAAUCGCAAUGAAUCGGCAUUUGGCGUCAAGCGCUCUGUUCGCAAAAACUAAGUUGGACAGAGACAGUAGCUGCAUCAGAGGCAUACUGAAUCUAGAACAAACAAGCUGGAUUUAACUGGACAGAACUCACUUACAUUCAUACAACACAACCCAACUGUCAAACUGGUGAAAACAACAGAAUGAAAACCUAUCAGAAAUAUGAUGUACAUCCCCACACUGUACAAAGUGAUUUAGUAAGAGACAAGUAAAGACAAACGUAGAAACCCAAAUAAACUUAUGAUUUUUUAUUGUUUUUAUCUCUUUGGUUUUAUUUAUUAUAUCUACAAAAACUCCCUGCGAUUGAAUACAGAAAAAGCGAACAAAUCUUCCUUUCUCGAAUCGGUUUCACUUAAGUGAUGAUUUAGCGUAAGUAAGCAUAUUAUGUAUACAGAGAAAGCCGGAUGAGAUAGAGCAGAAUGAGAAUUGAGUAAAGAAACCUGUAUAAAUUGUAUCGGCGCCACGAGUAUCGUCAGUGCAGGCGCAAAAAAUACACACUUGUAAGGAAAAAAAGCCCUAUAGUCAAUAUAUUCUCCUCUUGUAACGAAAUAAUCGAGAUAAACGCAGAAGUAUAACCUCUAUUGAAUGUGAUCGUUGUGAUUGAGAACCCUCUUGAUACCUGUGCUUUUGUUGGAAAUAUCUCCCUUAUUCCUGAAUAGGACUUAACAAAAAAAUGUUGAAAAUGCAAACGUCUUGCAGUGUUGUACAUUUUUUUUUUCAUUCGGUUUCGUUUCCGACUCGAUAAUCGAAGUCUUAUGCCAUUUUUCGUAAUCUUGGAACCCACUAGAACACAGUCACACCCACACUCACUGCCAGCACCCUCUUGUGUAUUUUAUAUUAAAAUCACACAAUUACUCACACACACACUGAACACGCCCACAAACACACUUCCUUAUUCUAGUUCGAAUGCAAAAAAAAAAGAAACACACAAAGUAUAAGUAACUUUAAAUACAACUGCGGAUAAAUGAAGUCAACGAAUCACAUUGCGCUUACGGUACUCCGACGUGAGGAUGAAGAAGAA